AUGUCUAAAUCGAGUAAACCAACGAAACACUCCUCAGCACGAAAGGGGAGCUCCUCCAGUCAACCUGUUGUUCCGGGUUUUCUGUUUAUCACGAACCAACUCAUCAUCAACAACCCAGAUCGGGAUUUGUAUAUGCACCAUAUCCCACCUCCUUCGCCAAAUCAAUAUGGAGGUGAAGUCCCGAGCAAAGUUAUGCGCUACCGUAAUGGGGAUGUCGCAGAAGCCCCAGACUUUUACUGGCAUCGAGACCCAAACUCUGCACCACACGGGCAACUGUUGCGAUUUGAUGGUCAAGGAGGUUACGUCUUGGAUCAUACACAUAUGAUUUACACAGCCGAGGAAUACAAAACGUUUGGAGUGGCUGCUUGCAACCCAUUGCUUCCUGUAAUGGUGGUAGAGCAUGAUCCUCUCGUUUCUACUGGGCACUGGGAUCUUUUGCGUAUAUUCCAUCCGAUAUGUCGUCCUGGUAUGUCUCAAGUUGCUACUAUCAAUAGUCCUAUGGGCAUUGGAGGUGGCCCUGUACUUUACGUUGCAGGCAGUGGUCCCAGCUGGAUGCCUGGCUUAGUACCCAGGACAUACAGAUCCCCGCGGUCCAGUGUACCACGCUCAGCAGGUCUUGGAGGAGAACUGCCCAUCAUUCUAGGACUCAUGGCGUUGAAUGCAACACGUGAUCCAAGCAAUACUUCUGUACAUAGUGUGUUUUUGGGCCACAAUCGGAUAUGGAGGCAUGGGCAAUGGGUGAGCACUGAUGCGCCUCGUGGACGUAAGUACUCGGUAUUCGACUCCCAACAGUUGCUAAUCAUGACAGAUCCCUCAACGGCUUCAGAUGAUCCCACAGGUUUCAUCGUCAAGGUGUUUCUUGACCCGGAUGACCAAUAUUCAACACCAGAGCGACUCCUCAAUUUAGAGUGGCAGAGCGCUAUUGUUCGAGAGUGA